AUGUCUCUAAACGCACACGACUCGGAGGAAGAGGUACCUCCAUCGUCGGACAGUGCCGUCAAGAAAGCCCAAGAUGCUAUCGAAAGGGCCGCUCAGCCCGGCAAGCUGGAGAAGGUGAUUUUGGACUCGGUGAACACAGAAGGGGAUGCUGCAAGCAGUAGCGUCGGGUUAGGCAUCCUACUAGAUGGUGUGAACGCUAUCACAGAAAACCUACCCGUGCUUGUGUGUCUACUCAACACUCUUGCAAAGGUACAUCCGUUCCUUGAGGUUGUCGUCGGCGCAUUCAAGGUCGUCGUCGAACUGGAAGGGAAGCGUCAUGAUAACGACAAGAAAGUGAAAUUACUGUUCUUCGAGAUGCAUAACAUGAUGGCAACGCUUCUACAACUGCGAGAUAUAGACAGCAAUCACGGCGUCAGCCACUCCGCACUCAGCAUUGGCGCGCGCCUCGACGUCUUGGUCAAGAAAACUGCGAAGGAUAUCGAAGAGUGCGCGAACGCGUGCAACGCGUACUCUCGCAAGCGACUACUGGUCAAAGUUCUUCAGGCGCCGAGCUGGAAUGAGAAGCUGAAGGACUAUGUCUCUCUCUUCCGCCUCCGCAAGAGCGAUUUCAACAUCGUCAUAUCCUCCUAUAUCAGCACUGGAGUCGAACGCGCGAACGUCAAGUUGGACACACUGAAUACAAACAUGGAUGCAGUGGUGCGGAUUUUUAUGGACUUCGCACCUCCUGAGCAACGCGUGCUAGCAGAAGUUGUCGAUCGAGUUCAAGGCGGCGCAAAAGGCGUACUCGCCAAUCCCAACGUCCUGAAGGAUCUCCUCCUGAAGGAGCAGCGGCUCGAGGCAGCCAAGCACCCCUCAGACGACAAUGUUUCUCCCUCAGGCAUACGCAUGCAGUCCGGUGGGGUACCAUAUAUGCCCGGCACGACAACGCCGUAUGUGCCCUGGAUGAAAACGCCGUAUGCGGCGCCCAAAAUGACAACGCCGGGGUCGGCUCAGUACUAUUCGCGCGCAGCGGAGACCCAGAGGUUACGGAACCGGCCGGAUAAUACGCAGGGAAACACGCCGUACGAGCCACAGCGGUACUACCCUGGGAGAAAUUCGCGGACAGUGGACGUUUUCCAGGCGGGUGAGGAGCCGGAGGGGAGCCCCGAGAUGAGGAGGCUGAUGCAGGACUUGGUGGACGAGCCGGUGGUGGCGAUACAGAAGAACUUGGUAUUUUUCGCGCGGAAGUUUGCGAUACAGCAGAGGGAGCUCGUAAGGGAGAUGAGAGAGGUGGUCAAGUAUGAGAGUGAAAGAGUGAUCGCAGAGUUGCGUGGGGGUCCGCAUGAGCGCAUCAUCGAUCCGGACCUGUCCGAGAUAUGGAAGGACAUGCAAUGGCGCGGGAUCGUCAAGGCACGGCAUCUCGUCCUCGCUCUACACGACCACUACGCGCAGAAAAUCGACGACCAGCAGCAUGCAGCUGCGCGGGGAUCAUCACCACUACGCCCCGUCAGCGAGGGCGAUAGGUGGGCGCUAGAGUGCCUCGAUCUUAUGCAUCUGCAGCAGAUCAUUGAGGCGUUCGACACCGACGCGUCCGGUUUCAUCACUGUUCAGGAGGUGAACAACUUUACGACCUCGCGGCCCAAGGGAUGGAGCUUGUUGCAUUGGCUGGCAUACUGGGCGGUCGGGUGGCAAGUUGCGAUGGCCGAGUACCGGCGCAAGAUAUAUGCACUCCUAGCGCGCAUGAACCACUUUCGGGUCUCUGUGCGCGUUCGCGCACCGGCUGUGCAGGACUACCUUGACGAAGUCGUACCACUGGUGAAGGAGAUGACACAAUCAUUCCGCGAGGAUCCGGACCGCCGCUCCCUGUUUGACCGGUUCCGACGGUAUGUGGAGCAGGAGGAGAAGCGGCUGCGUGAGGGUCUGGAGAUGGCGAAGUAUGAUUUGGACGCACUGGAAACGCUUGCGCUCAUCAAUGGAUCAACAGGGUUGGAGAGAAAUCUGUUCAUUGUGCUAUAUCUACUUCUACGCCGACACCACGAUAUCAUGGCGGCGGGAAAGAAGGUCAUUCUCCAUCCCAAAGAACUCUUCGAUGCAACGAGCGCGAUACAGCUCGUGAAGGAUGCGUUCGAUUAUCGGGCUCAGGACUUAAUAGGUCUGUUCACCCAGCGACGCUUGCCGGUGGAUCUAGAGUUGAGGGACUUUGCAUGUGGAAUGUUGUUGGACUCGUACAAAAAGGGAGGGAAAAUAUACAGCCACGAUACCGAUGACUGGGCCGAAACGUUGGACGUUGAUCUAGGCGAGACGAGAGACUGCCCGCCGGAGGCGAUGUUGAAGUAUACCCCGUAUCUCGAGGAGUUCUACCCGCAAGGCGAGGACGAUACCGACGGUGAGGAUACCGAGGUCAAUGAAGACUUGAAGCCACUCCUCGGGCGCUGGGCUGGGGUAACAACAUCGGUGGUUGACGGAACAUUGUCCCAUCGAUCCUUCAAUUUUAACUUCCACAUCUCCCCUUCCGAUAGGAAACAAGUCAUCGCUGCCCCUCCUCUCACUAUGCCGGAGCCUUAUGCCCAUGCGACUCUGACGGGCACGUUCACGGGUCGCGACCAGGAGGACCACCACCGCACGUAUAUCAUAUCCAAUGCCUACAACACCAGCGCGCUCCCGGUCGGCUACCUAAAGGUAGUGCUGAGCGAAAACGGGACCACUCUAGAUAACGAGAAGAACGCCGCACUCUCCUUCAGCACAUCGGCAUCCGAUCUCAAUCUUCCCCGCGUCGUGAUCAAGAAGGGAUCCUCUCCGGACAUCAUGCAGUUCUACCCCCUGCCUUCGGAGCUAGAAGGCAACAAGGCCUCUGCUCUGUGGCGGUUUGCCAUCUCCGCUGUGCUGCACGAGGUCCGCCGUCGACGACUCUCGUGGGGAUUCAUCAAAGAGCGUCGGGACCGGAAACACCUCCUCGCGUCGCUCCUCCUCGCCGAGCUGCAGAAUGGCUCGCUCCACGCAGACGAUGUGGCGGAGCGCGUGCGGCUGGCUAAUCAGACGACCCCCGCGGACCUGCACUACUUUUCAUACGCGAGCGUCGAGCCGGCCAGGUUUCCGUGGUUUGCACCCCCGGGCCGCCUGAAGAGGCCGUACGCGGUGUGGCGCUAUGCGUUCGCGCGGAAUGUCUGAGGAGCCAUCUCAGCGGUGGAGUCCACCGCAUCUUGAAGACGAGAGAGGUCGGGUGGGCACUUGAUGCGUCCAAGGCGGACAAUCGCUUAGAUGAGGGAAAGCUGAUGGUGUUGUACUAUCGGGCGGCGGACACGCUCGGAAGAAGGGGCGGAAGGUUGCCUUCGCCAACAGGAGGCCGGUCCCCCGCACUUUCAACCAUCGCGGAGGUGACGGGCGAGUCAGAAGAGCUACCAACUUGGGGACGUUCAGAACCAGGACCCGCCUUCCGAAUAGGCCUCGAUGGAUUUCCACUACCUGCGGGAUUUGUGCCACUACGAAGAGGUAGUCCUCGGGAGAAUGACGCGACGUUGUCUCCGUUCCAUAUCGGCUCUUCGUCUGAGCCAGUGCCCGGUCUUUACGGGCACGCUAUUCAGGAUGCUAGCGCAGAAGAAGUCGCCGCGUCGAACGAGGACCCUUCUCCCAGUCCACGAUGCAUUGGAUGCGAUGCACCAAUCACCACGCCCACUUGGGUGUGUGUGGAAUGUUCAGAUCCGACGUACGUCUGUCUCAGCUGUGACGAGCGCGAGGGUGGGCUUUCACUCGGGUUGCACGAAGCACCCCAUAUACUCCUCCGGAUCGAGGCGCCAGUCCCAGACUUCCCUAGCCGUCCAAGGAUACUCCCGCCUCCAACAUCACCCGCUUUCAUGCCUUAUAACACCUGGCAAAACUCAGAUGGGCAGGGUGUUAGCGAGGCGAGGAUACGUAGAAUGGAGGAUCGUAUGGAGAGAACACUCUGGGGUAUUGAGGAUCAUCUUUGGAUUAACAAGGACAGUGUAGACGAUCAUCUGUGGAGUGUUGAUGACCGUCUCUGCAGUAGCGAGGAUCGGCUUAUGGCAAUCGAGAAGCGGAUGGAGGCGCUCGAGAACAAGUUCACUGACGGUAUGGCGCGGAUCGAACAUAUGUUCACCACUGUACUGUCUUC